AUGAUGAGACUCUGGACUAUAAAACCAAGAAAUAUCCAAAUUAUUUCAUUCCAUUCUGCGGAUCUGGUGGACUGCAAACCUGUUGGCAUCAUGAAGCUUCUUCUCGCCUUCGUGACUCUCUUCAUCUGCUCAAAUAAUGGGGUCGAUGCCCGGUCUCCAUCAAAAAUCGUGGGUGGAAAGCGAGUGGAUAUCUCCGAGGCACCAUUCACCGUAAUGAUUCGUCAUAUCAAAUCAAUUAAUUUAUCGAAUUCUGCAAUAUGUGGUGGCACUAUUAUCGCGAAAAAGUAUAUUCUCACUGCAGCUCACUGUUUUCCCCCAAAUGCUAAGGAUCCUCUACAGCAUCCCCGUUGGUAUCGCAUUAUUCCAGGCCAGAAUUUCUACUACUCCAAUGCUAAAUCAUACAAAAUCCAGGAAGUUUAUUCCCAUCCGAAUUUCAGCGUUGAUAUAACGAACGAUGUCAAGGAAAGAGCAGAUAUUGCAGUUAUCCAACUUCAAGAGGCAAUGGCAUUUGAUGAUCAACACAUGGCCAUUCGAUUGGCAACUCAAAAACCGUUAGACUCCGCUCACGGGAUCAUCUUCGGUUGGGGAUUCUCCGAUCCUAAUGUCAGGGCUCUUUCUCAUACAUUGCAAGGAUUACCCGUGAUAGCUCCUGGCCGCCAAACUUGUAAAAAGAAUUUUCCCACUGAGCAGUAUGCUAAUGAUGAAUUAUGUAUAGUUAACAUAAAUGGUGGGUCUCUCUGUGAUGGUGACAGUGGUGGCCCUCUAAUUGCGGACGGUGUACUAGCUGGUGUCAUAUCGAGUGGACAUAAAAACUGCCUCAAUUCAACACCAGGUGUUGUCAUCGACGUUGCUUAUCACAGACCAUGGAUUAAAAACGUUAUCAAAGGCACAGCACAAGCAUUCAAACAUUUCGCGAGUUUUAGCAAUCAGGUGCUCAAUUCGCGGCCAACGAAAAAACCUAAAAAGCCAUACACACGGGAUGAGUUGUCCUCAUGGCCGCUCCUGAUAACGCAAUCAAAUGAAAUCAACUGAAGAAA